AUGGACAACACGAGCUCCGCCAUCUGCGCGGGCCGCGAACCCACGUGCGCACACGGCAGGCGGCUUGUCAGUGACCGCGUCUAUGUAGGAACUGCAGACGGAAGCGUGCGGGCAAUCGCCGUGCCCUCGUUGCGUGAUGACGUGCGCCGGCCGAGCGACGCAGAGCUGCCGCUCAUGCGCGUAUACUGGUCCGCUCGAUUGUGUAUACACGCUAUUACGAACGUAUGUGGCGUAGACACAGACGUGAAGCAUACGGACACGCUGCUCGUCGGUAGUGCUGGUGGAGAGCUCGUUGUGCUGCGGGAAGAGUUGGAGGUUCGGCGUUUCCAGCUGGAAGGCGGUGUGCAGGACAUUUGCUACACAGGCAAUGGCGUCUUUAUGGUCGGCGAUGCGCUGGGCAACUUGUACUGUGUGACACAGUACGAGAUUCUAUGGAAGCAACGGCUUCCCGCGAUAGUUGAUGCCGGAAACGACGCUGCAAGUGGCCACAAGCAUGUAGUGGUGACCCAUUGUGGUAAAACGUUUGCUGCGAUCCCCACUCGCACACCGAUGACAACGCUGGCUGUUUUUCCGGGAAAAGACGAAGAUAUCGUUCUGGCUGCUGGCGAGGAAGGGUUGAUUUACCGGCUUGUAAGCAAUCGGGAAGUCGUGUCGAACGAGAUGCCUGACUUUCGAUUUGCAAUGGAAGUGUGGGUCAAGACGUCGUUUCCCGUCAUGAAGCUUUUGUCGGUGCCGACUCCGUCCAAAGUGAACGUGUCAGAGAUUGCGUGGGUCUGUUUGGGCUCGAAUGGCGAAGUCGCUCUCUUUCGUGGACAAGAGUGUGUAAGGACGUGGGAAGCAGCCUCCUUUUCUACUGCCCGAAGCGCCGCCGCCGAUUUCCCCGUCGACUUGACCCUGCUAGCUAGCGGUGACGCCAGUGAUGUGCGACAAAGUGGAGUCAUCGUGUUUCGAGACAGGAUACACACGUUUCCGAUCGAUCUUAUGGGUCAGCAGUAG